AUGAAUCAGAUACGCGCCAUUCAAGCGCUCAACAAAAAAGAGAUUGAAAAUGGAAUCUCCCCGGACGCGUCAUGGCAUGUAGAUUAUCGCGACACAGCCUUUGUCUAUUUCGGCGGCCUCCCAUAUGAACUUUCCGAAGGCGACAUCGCUACAAUAUUCUCCCAAUUCGGCGAGCCGGUAUUCCUAAAACUCGUGCGCGACAAGGAAACAGGGAAAUCCAAGGGCUUCGGCUGGCUGAAAUACGAAGACCAGCGGAGCACAGAUCUAGCAGUGGACAAUCUAGGAGGUGCCGAGAUUGGAGGCCGGUUACUACGAGUCGACCACGCUCGGUACCAAGCUCGAGACGACGAAGACCAAGACGAAUACAAGAUUGGCUGGGAAGAUGUCCAACGCAGAGAGGGCAAACCCGUGUCCGACGACGAGAUGAGCGAAGAAGAGGAAAUUCAGCGACCAAUGCUACCAGAGGAGAGAGAACUGGCUCUGUUGAUGCGAGAUCACGAUGACGACGACCCGAUGAAGGGCUUCUUGAUUGAGGAGAAGAAGAAAGAGGUGGAAGAUGCGCGGCGGCGAGCUGACAGGAAAGAGAUAUCAGACAGGCACAGACAUCACAGACACCACAGAUCAAGACGAGAGAAGGGAGAUGAUGGCCGAGGUGAGAAAUCUAGAUCUCGGAGGGAAGAGGGACCGGAGAAAGAAAAACGACCUUCAGAGGGCGAAUCGAGACGAGAAAGAUAUCGAGAUGACUCGAGAGAGCGCCAUAGGCGGCACAGAGAUACUUCUCGGGGGGAUUCACCGGAGCGCCAUAGGCGGCGGGAAAAGAAGUCUGAGGACAGGCGAUCACACAGAAGAGACGACGACAGACGAGAUGAUGACAGCAGGUCCCAUAGAAGAGACGAUGACAGACGAGAUGAUGAGCGGGAAAGACGCAGGAGAAGGAGAGGAGACGACGACGGUCAUAGGAGAAAUAGAAGCCGAUCUCCUCGACGCCGUCAAGAUUAACAUCUGGUCCAAAGCUACAACUAUAGUCCCUAACAGGGCGACUACCCAAAAUAUUCCCACGUCUCUUUCCAAACAUUACUAUUGCUGCCCACCCAAAAAACGCCAUACCUCCGUUGCAUCUGAGUCAAAUCAUUCGUUACCCUUGGAUAUUUCUUCCUUACCUCUGUCUCAUGAGUUUCCUAGAUAUCGUUUCCAGCCUUCGCGGACGCAGUGCCGCUUUCCGUCAUCGCCAUCGACCAAUGUGAAUUUCUCCCAUCGUGCGUCCGCGCCUGCGCCAAUAACCGCAAGGCUAUCCUCGCUAAUCCAUCCAAUAACUCCCUUGGGAGGCCUUGUAGUUCCCAACACGGUGCCCUCUGUAAAUGGUAUGCCGCCAAUCAUGGACUCGUUACCGGCCUCGAAGGGCACCGAAGCGAAAGAGUAGACGUCGGAAAACAUUCGCGGCAUAAGUGGGAUUUUACUGAGAAUGCCCCAUUUCCCGACAUCUGCAUCUGAUCCUGCACUACCUGGCUGCGGGCUACGAUGAGCACUCGGCCGCCGGGGAUGGGGUACGUCGAAGAUGUGAAGCGUAGAUUUGUCAGAUGUGCAGGCCAGUAAUGAUCCAGAUGGGGAGAAGGCGAGGGAAAAUAUGGUUGCCGGGUCGAUGCCCCUGCGAAGUUCUGCUAACCUGGCGCAGUUGCUGGUCGAAUAUACACGGAUAAGAGUUCCAGUUUCGCUGGCGCUGGCCAGCAGCUCUCCGUCUGCACUGAGCUGAAUAGCUUUGAGGGCAGAUGAGUGAGCUGGAAUGAUGCUAACAUUACCCGUGCCAAGCUCUACGAGCUGGAUCUGUCCUGUUGUGCGGCCUGGAAAGGCAAGCUUUUUAUCUGAGAGACAGCACAGGCCGAGGACGUUAUCGGCGGUCUCGUAUACGUGAAGCAGCUCUGGAGGCUUAGCGAACGAGUAGACACGCACGCUAUUCUGCAGGACGACGACGAUGCGAUCCCUACUCAGCUGGACGCCGCGAAUAGCAC